GACGUGACUUUUAAGACCAGUCUUUGGAUGGUUUACCAAGGGAAUGACAGUUAAUUGUACAGCGGAGGGAGAGUAUAGUUGGAAUUCAGAGAAAUUAAACAAAUGAACAUUUGUACAAGAUCAUUGCAAGAAGAUCAGGAAUCAUUCUCAACAUAGGAUGAAAAAAGACAUGGAGAAAGAUUGUACUUGUGUUCAAGAGAGCCACAAAGGUCGUGACUAUAAAUAGCCAUUUCAACACUUAAUCGAGAAUAAAAAAGAAAGUCAACCUUCUAAAGCUUACCUGUUCUGGUGCUUGGUUUGUAGUUUGGUGGUUUUUUGGAUAGAAAGGCUGCAUCACAAAUCAGCAAUGAAGUCACUUCUGGAUAUAACAUCAGCUUUUGUGGGAGAAAACUCAAAUUUCUUUACACCAGAUAUGUUGCAAGAACUGCCAAGAAAUGUGUUAGUAAAUAUACUGCCUUAUUUGAAUGCUGCAUUUCUGCACAAAAUAUGCAUAAAAAUUUCAGACCUUCAGUGUUCAGAGCUGUGGAAGAAACAUGUUCAGAAAAGAUGGAAUUUUUGGAAUCGGAUUGGUAGCACCUUCUCAACUGUCUUUAGUGAUAGUGAAAGGAUGGAAGAUUUCCAUAAAGUCUAUCUGAUCAAACAUUUCCUGGAUUUACUGAACUACUGCUGUCUCAAUGUCCAUGUACCAGAUCCUAUUGGAUUACUGAAUUGUCCUCUGCACAAAAUGAAACCAUGGAAUAUUGUAACAAAUACAUCACUUCAGUCCGCAAAGUACAUCAAUGAACUCAUACAUUAUGCUCAAUACGCAGAAUCUGUGAGCCUGGUAGGCUCUCAGUGUAGUUGGAUUUGUUGUCAGAGAGAAUUGCUUGAUCGUCUGCUAGAUGCUACAAAAACAGUCAAUCUUCAUGUUGUUAAUGAUACAUACUACGAUGGUGUGAGAACACUGCUAUGGAAUCUUAUUAACAAAGGAAAACUAGAAGAAGCUAACUUUUCUUCAAUUACUCCAACAUUAUCCCAAACAAAUCUACAUGAUUUACUAAAGAUUUGUGCAGGUGUUACUGUAAAUAGAAUUGUGAAGAAUGAUACCCCUCCUCCAAAAAGGCCAAAAAAGCGUCCACGAGAGUCCCUUGAGGAAACGUCCAGUAGCUUCACAACAUCGGUUAUUUUGGAUUCAGGGUAUGAUUUACCUGUGAGUAAAAAAGUGUGUGUGAGAUUAGAUGACUCCUUGGAUGAAUCUAUUGUGAGUAUAACCACAACUAAGGAAGUACCUAGAAUUGUUGAUGUCAUUGACUUUACUGGAGGUCAGCAAGAGGAAUCUCAGCCUUCAACCUCUACGGGAAACUCAGCAAAUAUGACUGCAGCAGUGUCAGAAGACUUCUCUUAUGAAGAGGAAGACUUUGUUGACCAUGAGAUAGAUGCACAUCUGGAAAUGGAAGACAUAUCUGCAUUCAGUGUCUGCGGCAGCUAUAUGGCUGACAGAUCUAUUAGCAAUGAUAGUGAUCUGUAUGAUGUAGCUGUUCAACCUAUCAUGAGAAUGAAUCCCAGGCAGCGUUUUCCACAGCCUCCAGUACCAUUAGUGGACGUCUUUGUCAGUCAAGUAGAUUCUGAACAUCCUGUGAAAGGGCUCUCUUCUUUUUCAGUAACGUGUGCCAAUCUGACAGGGCUUCUUCGAGUUCUGCCUAAUUGGAAUGAUCUAAGAAAAAUUAGCCUAUCACAUGCUACUAUUGAUGGUGAGUUUAUCAUGAAUGCUCUGCUAGACAAAAUUCGUAAUCAUCAGAUUUCGCAUCUGAUGUUGGAUGACUGUUAUUUAUCAGACCAGUUCUACCCACGACUUCUUAGUGUUCUACAAAACCAUUUCAAAACAAAUGGACAAGCAUUGGAACUUGUUGAUAUCCAGGCAUCAUCUUCUCCCCUGUCUGUGCUCUCUACAGAAAAAUACAAAGAAACCCAAUAUGGAGUGAAGAAGUUGAAUCUCAGUAUGAAUACUUUCCAUUCUACUGGAUUAGAGGCUCUAACAACACUUAUCAAAUAUGACAGGGCAUUAACUCAUCUGAAGCUGAAUGGCUGCUUUCUCCAAGAAAGUCAAGUUUGUCAGCUUCUGCAGGCUUUGUCAGAGAGACCACAGCUCCAGAUGCUUGGACUUAGUGGAAAUUUAGUGGCAGAUUCUGAUGUGGAGUCAGAGCUUCUUAAUUUCUUGUUGAAAGUCAAAACACUCAAAACCCUCACCAUGAAUUACAGCAGACUUAGACCACAGUUUGUUAGUGACCAAGCUUUUGUGUCAGCUGUGAAGAAUCAUCCAAAGCUGAAGGAACUGUCAAUGAAGAAUAAUCAUUUAGGUGCUAGUGCAUGCCACUUUUUGCAGCUAUUGUGCAGUGAAGGACAACUUUCCUUGCAACAUUUAAAUAUUGGGUAUAACUGGAUGAAAAUUGAAGACAUCAUAAAAAGUGCAAAAGAAAUACAGACAUGCAGAGAAAGACAUGGCGAAUGUUAUAAACCUGUAUUGCAGAGUCUAAUACUGAGUGGGAAUAGGCUAAAACCAAGGGAAUUUGAAAUUGUUAGAAACCUGUUCAAGCCUUUAGUCGUGGAACUAGAAAUAAAUAGCAUUGAUUACUCAGUUCCUCAUGCGGAACACGUGGGUCAGAUGUGAAAAGGUAAACAGGUGCAAAAUUACGGUUUACAGAAUCUGGAUUCCUGGAAAGGUAUAAAUUCUCUGUAUGUUUGAAAUAAACAUUACUCAUGUCU